UGUGAGGUCCGUUUUAAUUUCCCUUGAAAAGCUCAUCAUGUGGGCGGGGGCAAGCGCCUGGCUGCGCCGGGGGGCACCACGGUGCUGCCCAUCACGGGAACCGUCCGGGGUCGGUCCGUGAGCCCCUUUCUCCGCCCACCCAGCGGUCCGGCCGCGCAUGCGCCGAGCUGGCGGGCCCGAGUGUUGUCGGCUGGGAAAUGGCGGCCGCGGGCUUGGUCGCUGUGGCAGCGGCUGCCGAGUACUCUGGCACGGUAGCGUCGGGAGGUAACCUCCCUGGUGCUCACUGCGGCCCAAGCUCCGGGGCAGGCCCUGGUUUCGGCCCGGGGUCGUGGAGCCGCUCUCUUGAUCGAGCCCUGGAGGAGGCGGCGGUCACUGGGGUGCUGAGCCUGAGCGGCCGGAAACUGAGGGAGUUUCCCCGGGGAGCGGCCAACCACGACCUGACGGACACCACCCGGGCGGACCUGUCGCGAAAUCGCCUUUCAGAAAUUCCUAUAGAAGCAUGUCACUUUGUUUCUCUGGAAAAUCUCAACUUGUACCAAAAUUGUAUUCGGUAUAUUCCAGAGGCAAUUUUAAACCUACAAGCUCUAACAUUCUUAAAUAUUAGUCGGAACCAACUGUCAACAUUGCCGGUACACUUGUGUAAUUUGCCAUUGAAAGUCUUAAUUGCUAGUAAUAACAAAUUGGUGUCACUUCCAGAAGAAAUUGGACACCUCAGACAUUUGAUGGAACUUGAUGUGAGCUGCAAUGAAAUUCAAACUAUACCUUCCCAAAUUGGUAACCUGGAGGCCUUGAGAGACCUUAAUAUAAGAAGAAAUCACCUAGUACAUUUGCCUGAAGAGCUGGCGGAGUUGCCUUUGAUACGGUUAGAUUUCUCAUGCAAUAAAAUUACCACAAUCCCUGUUUGUUAUCGGAACCUCAGGCACCUACAGACGAUCACCCUAGAUAACAAUCCACUACAAUCACCUCCUGCACAGAUAUGUAUAAAAGGCAAAAUCCACAUAUUUAAAUACCUGAACAUACAAGCUUGUAAGAUUGCUCCAGAUCUGCCGGAUUAUGAUAGGAGACCAUUGGGUUUUGGCUCCUGCCAUGAAGAACUGUACUCAAGUCGCCCUUACGGAGCCCUUGAUUCAGGCUUCAAUAGUGUGGACAGUGGUGAUAAGAGAUGGUCAGGGAAUGAACCUACAGAUGAAUUUUCAGAUCUGCCUCUUCGAGUAGCAGAGAUUACUAAAGAACAAAGACUACGAAGAGAAAGCCAGUACCAAGAGAACCGCAGCAGUUUAGUAGUAACAAACGGCGGAGUGGAACAUGAUCUAGAUCAGAUUGACUACAUAGACAGCUGCACCGCAGAGGAAGAAGAGACCGAGGUGAGACAGCCCAGGGGACCGGACUCAGACAGCCUCAGUUCACAGUUUAUGGCGUAUAUUGAACAGCGGCGAAUCUCUCAUGAGGGUUCACCAGUAAAGCCAUUAGCCAUUAGGGAGUUUCAAAAAACAGAAGAUAUGAGAAGAUAUUUACAUCAAAACAGGGUUCCAGUUGAGCCGUCUUCCCUCUUGUCACUAUCAGCAAGUCACAAUCAGCUGUCACACACAGACCUGGAACUUCAUCGGAGAAGGGAGCAGUUAGUAGAGCGCACUCGGAGAGAGGCUCAGCUUGCUGCCCUGCAGUAUGAGGAGGAGAAAAUAAGGACCAAGCAGAUCCAGAGAGAUGCUGUCCUGGACUUUGUCAAACAAAAAGCAUCACAAAGUCCACAAAAACAGCACCCGCUCCUAGAUGGCGUAGAUGGCGAGUGCCCCUUCCCAUCCAGAAGGUCUCAGCACACUGAUGAUAGUGCCUUGUUAGUGUCGCUGUCAGGGUUGAAUCACGUGGGCUGUGCUGCUACCCUGCCUCAUUCUUCUGCCUUCACGCCUCUUAAGAGUGAUGACAGACCUAAUGCUCUAUUAAGUUCACCUACAACAGAAACAGUUCAUCAUUCCCCUGCAUAUUCUUUCCCUGCUGCUAUCCAGAGAAAUCAGCCUCAGCGCCCUGAAAGCUUCCUUUUCCGAGCAGGUGUCAGGGCAGACACCAACAAAGGUCGUGCUUCACCCCUUCCUCCAUCUGCUGCACCUACCACUGAUUCUACAGAUUCCAUAACAAGACAGAAUUCAAGACAGAAAGAAGAAGAGCUGGAAUUAAUAGAUCAACUGCGUAAACACAUUGAGUACCGGUUGAAAGUGUCUCUGCCUUGUGAUCUCGGAGCAGCUCUAACUGAUGGUGUUGUUCUUUGCCAUUUGGCCAAUCAUGUGCGACCUCGAUCUGUCCCAAGCAUUCAUGUUCCCUCACCAGCUGUACCUAAGUUAACAAUGGCGAAAUGCAGGCGAAAUGUGGAGAAUUUCCUAGAAGCUUGCAGAAAAAUUGGUGUACCUCAGGACAAUCUUUGUUCCCCUUCCGACAUCCUUCAGCUAAACCUCCGCGUUAAAAGAACUGUUGAAACGCUCCUUUCUCUUGGGGCACACUCAGAAGAAUCCAGUUUUGUCUGUCUCUCUCUGCAGCUUCUGGGUUUUGUGGCAUUUUACUGUGCUGUGAUGUUAACUCUCUGUGUGCUUUAUCACUGGCUCUUUCCCGCUCGCUGAAAGAUUGCACUCCGGUGACUUUCUGCCUCAUUCCUGUGCUUGGUAAAGGAGGUUUGUUUCUCAUUCAGAAUUACUUACGUAAGCGCUUUUUCUCCCCGCUGGCCCUCAAAGAGCUAACCAAUAAAGGAGGUAAAACCUUUCCUUAUAUUUGCAGAUGAGCACCCCCUCACAAUAGUAAACAUUUAUGAUUGCCAACCAAGAGGAAAUGACCAGCAUUUUUUUCUCCUGGUCAUCUGCCCAUCUCCUGGCCUGUGGCCUUGUUUCUCUUACCAUAAAUGCUGAAGCAUUUUUACUAAUACAAUUCUGAACGUGUACUUCGAAUAUGACAUGUAUGUAGAGCUUUAUUUCCAAGUCACACAGUACAACUCCCAUCUGGCCGUUUUUCCGUGCCUCAGCACAAGUGUGGAAAUUGUGGAGUGACUGAACCUUUUCAGCAGCUGCUCAUGAGGAGAACCGUCGUGCCUUUUCUGGUUUUGGCCGCACCCGGUCACUUAGAUUUCUGCUUUGAACUGUGUCCUGAAAUCCUGAAUCCCCCCUUUGUCAGUAGGCACAGGUCCGUCUAGGCAUUUGCGGUCUGGACGUUUGAAAGGUAUUGGCCGUGAUUUUAGUAAUUUUAGUUUGGUCAGAAUGUUCAGUUUAAAGAUCAUGUGGAUUCCCUGCUCUUCUGAGCCCGGUCUGUACGUUGUACGUGGUGCACACGAGCAGAUGGGCUGGAGCUGGCCUCUCAGGGUGAGCCCCUUCCAGAUUGACUGUUUGUUAUGCAUGACUGAGGUUCACUCCCAGCAUUCUGUUUAAAAUUGGAAUUUAUGUGAUUUCUAACAUACUCAAACCUUCUUAAUAGUGAAACAGUAGCAGGAGAAGUAUUAGGGCAGCAGUCCCUGUUCUGUGCUCAAGGCAGUGAAUAUUGCCUUGCUUUUUCAGAACGCCUAGCAUUUAGCUGCUAGACGUUAAUGCUGGAAACUACUUUAUAAUUGCGGUUAGAUUCUAGUUUCAUAAAUGGUGUUUCUGAAUAUUCAGGAACCUUCUGAACUCUGUUAACAAAAUUGGGAUAAAGGAUGAACUCAAGUGUGAAGAGAGAUUGUGAGGAGCGUAAUAUCCGGGUGUAGGGUUCAGCCUGAGGGGCUCACUGGUUUGGUUUUCUUCCAUAUGAAAUGGGACAGCUAUUUUCACAGGUGAAAAGACUGUUCAGUGUUAAUGCUGAAACACUCAACACUGUGAUGAUGAAAACUUCAGUUUUCUGUGUUAGUAGGUGCCUUUCAGACUUUGGGGAGUUGGGUUGGUUUUAUUUUUAAGAUGUCUCAGAGUUGAAACACCUGUUAAAAAACACACACAGGCUCUCAUGUGGUUUAGGGGUUGUAAUUGUACAUUCUCUUGAGAACACACAGCACUCCCUCUAGUCCAGCUGGGAGGUGAGGGUGCUCCAGAAAGCACAGGCUUCUGAGUGUAAACACUGGCUGCGCAGGUCCUAGGGCGCUGCUGAGAGGAAGAGAUCAGGGAAUCAGCCUUGGAGAAAGCACGUCUCUUCUGACAGCAAAACACUGGGCAGGUUCAUUUUAAAUACCAUUUAUCUAGACUUGCAGUUGCACUCAAAGUAUUUCUACAAAGUUGCUAGUUUUAUUAGAUCAAAAGAUUACAGUUACCUCAUUUUAUCAAAAUAAGUAUUAAAUAAAAAGUAAGCACAAGUACCAAUAACUGCCUCAAAAAUAAAUACGUGUUAUAUAUUUUAUUGUAACUGGUUUUAUAAAAUUUCCUAGUAAUAUCGUCUCAAUGAAAAGCAAAAAAAAAAACACACACACAAAACAACUAGUUGUUUUCUUUAACAAACAUGUAUAAACUUUUUUUAGUGGAACCAGAAUUCUAUAUUCUGUUCUUUGUAAGAGCAAUCUCUUUUCUUUCGGAAUAUUUAAUCUUAACAGAAAGCCAGUGAUAAAUGCUAUUCUUAAGAUUUGCCUUUUUCUCUCACAAGAAAGGAUUAACCUAACAAAUUAAUGAUGCACACAUUAAGGAGGUGUUUAACUUCCUUAAGCAAACAUUGUAAACACUUCUCACAUGUUGGCAAUCUACACGUUCCUGCCUAAGCUUACAUGGUAGUUCCCUGGAGUAAUUCAGGCUGUUAAAUAAAUACCAGGAUAUUAAAUCCUUUACAUUUUCAGAUACUAUUCCUUUUUAAUUCUGUAAUUCAGAUUUUUAAUUCAGAUAGGCCCUUCCAUGAAUUAUUCAAAUUAGGGGGAAGUUUCUCAAGAGCUCAGGAUACACUGAGUUUCUUGCCCUGUCUGGUCUGGGAACCCUGGUUUUCACAGUCAGGAUUAUCAUGCAGAUGGCGUAGAACUCAUGCAGGCUGAGUUGUGUUUUCAAACUGUCUUUCAUUCCUGUGGUAGGAACUUAACCCUCAAGAGUAAUCUCUCUCACUCUUGAGCCAUCUGGUAGUGUGGAAUUGUUUUUCUAUUUUUCACCUGCCUGUUUUAUAGACCUGUAUUGACCUUUUAUUCAUCAGAGAUAAAGGAUGUUGCUUUCACCCUGCGGUAUUGUUUUCCCUCUGUUGUAUGUAUAAAUAUAUGCUACUUGUCAACUUUCCAAUUUUGAAAAUGAUCUGUAUGUACUUUCAGUUGUAUUAAUAAAGUGACAGUGAGUGUCAGAC